AUGAGUGUCGUGCGCCUUGACGAAGAUGAUCUGGACGAGGAGGACUUGGCCAUUCUCAAAGAGGUGGCCAAGAAGGGAUAUUACCACAAUCGCCCAAAGAGUGAAUCCUGUGCCCCGCCACAGCGAGUUGAGGAGGUGGUCCGACUCGACAAGUCUCCGGAGGUAAAGGGCCGAGCAGCCUUCGAUGCGUUCCAGGCGAAGUGGGACCGUUUUGACAACGAGGAGUACUUGGAGGCAAUGGUCGAUGAGGUUGGGCAGAAGUUCGCUGCAGGAACGAAAAACUCGACAUCCAGUCUGAACUUUGCCCCGCCUGGAUCAAUGCGGCAGCAUGUAGCUGAGUUCAAGAUUCUGCUGAUCGGUGAGAAGGCUGUUGGGAAAACUUCCUUCCUUCUCCGACAUCACACAGGCGAGUUUGCCAGGAGUGGAGCUGCGCAGGACACAGAGGUGGUCUUGCUGCGCUUUGCCACCACAUGUGGCGAGAUUGUUUUCAAUGUUUGGGAGCUGGACCCCAGUGCCGAAGAGCGCAAGUUCAGCCAGAGCCAGGCCGCCAUUCUCAUGUAUGACAUGGGGUCGCGCGCAUCUUGGCGCAAUGUGCCGAACUUCUUGAGGGACGUUUCGAAGUUGUGUGGCACGAUUCCGGUCGUCUUGGUGGGCAACAAGAGUGAUGUCACCCAGCGGAAAGAGCAGACACGCUCUGCCCGCCUUGCCUUCCAGCAGAAGAGGCGCCUUCAACACUUUGAGACUAGUGCAAAGACCUGUGACAACUUGGAGAAACCGUUCUGGUGGCUAUCACGCAGACUGUCUGGUUCUCCCAAGUUGGAAAUGGCGGCACAGCGUGCCAUUUUUCCGGAAGCUCAACUCCAGCCGGAACUGUUCGCAAAGCACCGUUGUGAAGUUGCUGAGGCAAUUCGGACACCUGUGCCCGAGGACCACGAGUUGGUCUUCGGCCUCGAAGAUGCCAAGUUCACUUCGGAUGAGGUCAAGGAGAAAGUGAAGGUUGCCCAGAUGACAGAGGCAAAGAUCAACAUGGUCUCCGAGAACUACCGACUCGUUGCCAACCGAGGGUCCUUGUUGUUCUUCCUGAUGAUGGAGCUGUGCAAGAUGCACACCUUCUACAAGUACUCCUUGGAUGCCUUCGUCAUGGUUGUCACUCGAGCUGUCAGUCUGGUGACCCUUCGCAAGGUGAAGGAGAUGUUUUUGUUCAACGCAAGUGUGGGCCUGUUCCCCAGAUCCCCUCGGGGUGGGGAUGCCGCCGUCAUGGCUGGAGCAGGCAGGGACGUGGCUAACGAAGGGUUGGAGGUGGCUGUGGAGGGGCGUUUGGUGGUGCAAGCGGGAAGGGCUACCAUUUUCUUGCACGGGGUCAGCGGCUGCCCAGAGCCCAUGACCCUGGGAUCGCUUGCUGGGCUCAUCCUCGCGGGCGAGGUGCUGCUUUCCAUCGCAGAGGUGCCAGACGAAGUGCUGGAGGCUCGUGUCGAGAACUCGUUGAAGGUGUCUGUGGAAGAUCUUUUCCUGGCAACUGGCAGACGCUAUGAGCCGCUGUUCUCUCAGGAGCAACUCGAGUCCAUCCUGGAGGAUCACUUGGCAGAGAGAGAAGCCGAUGCCGGCUGGGAGUCCCCGCCACGGCGUGCACCAUCAGGCAGUGCCUGCACGAUCCGUCCUGAUUCAUCACGCCCGCUGUGCCCUUUUCCGGAUCCCUUUCGGUGCAUCGACCGCCUUCUGCCCCUUAUCUUCCAAGAAGUGAACCAUGCAAUGGCGUUCAUCCACAAGCAGGUGGAAGUGCUCGAAGCGGUGGCGCAGGUGACCGGUACCUCUGAAUGGUCCAGCAUGCCGCCCCUGUCCGGCAAAGCAUUUGCUUCCGUGUCUGCAUUGGAAGCAGUGCUGGGGCUGUGCCUCGGCUUGCUGGAGCGGACAGACUUCAAUCCAGGCUUGGCUGCGUGCCUGAUGACGCCUCUGGGUCGAAAGCUUCAAGAUGCGAUGCUCACUUUGCUAGGAGACCACCAGAAGCUGACGGGAGAAGUCAAUGACAUGCGCUGGCAGCUUGCAGCAUUCCGCCGUUUAGCCCACGCUCGUUAUGGCCUUCAAUGGCAUGCUGACACUGCGCUUCACAUAGCAGCCCAGGCUGGCUGGACCCUGUUUCACCUGGCCAAGCUCGAUGGCUACUUCCUUCGGAGGUUUGGAUUGUCUUCGGAUAGCCAGGAAAGCUUCGAAGAUGCCCCGCCGCUGCUCUUGCAGGAGCCGUCAGAAGUAGACAUGAAGGACGUACAGACGGAUUGGCCACUGGAGCUCCGAAGCGCCUUGCAUUCCGGAGGAAGCCUCUGGCACUUGGACAAGGGCCUCCUCCGCUUCCUUCUCUCCAACGUCCUGCAGAAGGGCGACAACGUGUGCGACUUGGGCGCAUUUGGUGGCCAUUACUCCGAAUGGCUCAAUGAUACUGGCCUCGUGAGCGCCUUCGCAUUCGACGCGAUACCUGGUGUGGAGGAGAUUACAAGCGGUGCUGUGCGGUAUGCGCGUCUGGAUGCCGACAAGUUGGAGCUUGCUGGUGUUGGCUGUGAUGUCGUUUUGUGUCUCGAGGUCAUGGAGCAUAUCUCGCCUGCCACAGAGCACCAGGCUCUCAUGAACCUUGGUCUCCAUACGAAGCGGGCAUUGGUGCUUUCAUGGGCUCCACCUUGGGUGCCCGGGCCGGGACACAUCAACCAGCGUCCGCCGGCGGAGGCUUGGGACCUGGUGGAGAUCCAUACGGGCUUGCUUCGCCAGCCAUCCUUGUCUGCGGAAGCACAGGCCAGCAGCUCUCUAAGCUGGGUCAAGGAAUCUGUUGCCAUCUUCGGUUGGCCUGAGCAGUGA